UUCGGAUCGUGGCACGGAUCGGUUGGCUAUAGCCUGCCCGAAAAUACGCCGGAAAAAUUGGAAAACUUCUACCCGAACUGGAAUUCUGAAUUUGUUUACCAUUGCGUUUCUAUACCCCCGCGUGUGUGUGUGUUUAUGUGUGCAUAUGUAUGCCGUGGUGCUCUGGACAAAAGGAAAACAAUCAACACAAUCAUCAGUGCGCCAUCUAGCGGUCACAGUGGGUCUCGUUUCUAUAUACACAUGUGUCCAAAAACUUUGACGUAUCCGCCGGAAGCGCCUUAACGGGCCAUAACAAGUGCAAAGCCAUAGGCCAUUGGCAGGUGAAGUAACUUCCCAAAAAUCGAAGAAGCGUUUUGUGGAGUGAGGAAACCCCGAGAAAAGCGAGUUUAGAGUUUCCCGCAGCAAUUAUCAUAAGGAAGAAAAACCAAUAUGUCUGUGGAUAACCCCUAUUAUUUUUGCAAUGAUACCAAGUCACCCCGCACCCCGGACUCGCAGUCCUCCAGCCGGGGCUUCUCCCUCUUCAAGCGCCGGAACUCAAAGGGCGCCAGCAGCCCGCGUCCAAUGGUGGUGACCAAUCCGGAACAGAUGCGUCUGAUCACAUCCGCCAAUCUGGACACCACGGCCACCAUGGCUUUCGGAAGUCCGCGCGGCAGCUUCAACUCCCUCGGCGGUUUCUCGCAACACUCUUUCGAAAUGCAGCCGAUGCAUCACAUGUACCGCCAGAGAUCUGCCAAUUCGCACUCGGAGUUCCGGGAACGUCUUGGCUCCUGCAAUGAGACACACAGCUCCCAAUGUCCCGGAGGUGGAGGUGCAGGAGCUGGAGGAGAUCACGACGAGGUCUUCAAUCCAAUGACAUCGCCAACAAGUAGCAAAUCCCACAGGCAUCACACUCUACCGAGUGGCGGAGCUCGUCGCCAUUCCUUUGGAAACUGGGCCCAGCAUCAGCACAACAACGCAUCGGGCUCAUCAGCGGGAGCAAUGGGAUUGGGAUCUCCGGACGAGGUGCCCAGCAUGAUGGCACCACGUCCACCCCUGGUAUCCCCUAACAAAUUUCGUGGCAAUUCGCACCGGCGAAGAGACAACUGUGGCAACGUGAACAACGCCAGUGGAGCGAGUGCAUCCGGGUGCAUGGGAUUGGGUUACAACAUGGACGACAUCCUGAUCAUCACAGCCAAGCACAGCGAGCGGGCCUAUUUGAGGGCCACCUUCCUGAAGAACCAUUUCGACAAGAUCACCAAGCAGCGCGGACGGAAGCCAUUCAAUUUUCUCCACAUCAAAAUUGACGAUGGUCCCUUCAGCGAGGAGAUCGCCCAGAAGUACCAGAGCACUGCCCUACAGAUCGUGAUCCUGUGUCCCGCUCUGCUGGCCCUGCCGCACAGCUUCCUGAUGACCCAGCUUUCGGCUAUUAUACGCGUGGAGAAGGUCCUGGCCAUCCUGCUGGACGUGGGCGAGGAUAAGGUCAAGGAGAUGCACAAAUCGGCGCUGCCCAGCUACUACAAAUGGCGUCGUUGUGUGGUCAGAGACAACGAUCAGGUGCAGAUCAGCAAUAUCCUGGGAAUUGCCACCGACAUCCUGGGAAGAGCGCUGUGCCAGCGACCACCAUGCCAAGAUAGCUCCUCUGGAGCCUCAUCCGGUGGUGGUGGCUUGUCACGCAGCUUUUCCAGCUGCACGGAGGGAUUCACUGUGCUACCCAAGAAGGUAAAGCUGGGCCAGAACAAGGUGGUAGCCCUGCUGGCGGAGGCCCUGGAAAAGAAUGACACCCUGAAGCUGCUGGUGGAAAAAUCCGGGGAGCUAAUUGAGCUUCGCAACUUCAAGUGUCGCAAUCCAUACACCCUGCAGUUCUCCAUCCCAGAGGCCUGCAUGGAGAUCUCUACAAUGAUCGAGAUCAGGAUCGAGAAGAAUGGCAAGAGCCUGGGAGCGAGACCCAUCAAGUGCGAGAGUCGUCUAAGGGAGCUGGAGCAGCUGCUAAGGAUCGAGGAUUCGCCGAUUGAGUUCAUGUGUCAUGCCUUGGGCAUUGGACCCGUGGAGAGAGAUGCCUUGGAUCAGCAUCUGCUGCAGUGCUUCCAGCGGAACAUGCCACCCAAUUUCCACCUGCUGAGUGGCGGUAACAGCGAUCGGCAGCAUCACUUCUUCAGCCGCCUGGAAUCCAGCCCAGAGGAGUAUCCCACGCUGCUUCACUUUGCGGCCAGAUGGGGUCUCAAUCGACUCUGCAUCCAGCUGAUGGAGUGUCCUGGUGGUGACACCGCCUGCGGUGUUAGGAACUGCGCGGGACGCACUCCAGCAGAGCUAGCCGAGCAGGAGGGACAUCACAAACUCGCCCAGAACAUUGUGAGCUUCGCCGAGUUCCACGAACUGACCACCAUGUACCACUACUUUAAGGGCGUGAAUCCAGGCCAAGGGGAAAUCAGUCCCAAGCCCAGUAGUUCUAGUUCCAAUGUGGUCAUCGAAGCACAGCCCGGAAAGGGUAAAUCACAGAAGCCUCCAAAGCAACUUCCUACGGCUGAGUACAUGGAAAUGUCCAGCGGAUCGGAGCGGGAGAAUACACCGGAAGUGAGACCCAAAACAGAGACCAUGGCCAUCUCGAAUCUCAACUAUAUCAGCGUAGAGACGGAAGACGAGAACCUGCAGGCUUCCGUUGCCGAAAAGAAGGUGGAGUCGGAGAAGAAGCUACUGGAGGCUGGCGCCCAGCCGGGACCUGAGCAGACCACCAACGAGCUGCGGAUCAACGAGCCACCUUACUACCAGUCCAAGGAGCAGAAUCAGCUGAACAAGGAGCAAGUCAGAUCCCUGGAUGAAGUGGAUGCAGCCCCUCUCUAUCAGACGGACAAAUUUAGCCAGGAGUGCUCACAGCUGCUGGAGAAUCAGCUGGGCAAUGACUAUGUGCUGCAGCCUUCGAAUGUCCCGGUGACUCAGGACGAUGGCAAUUAUCUGUUCCAGCCCUCGAACCGACCUGUCGAGGAGCCCCUCCGGCCGAGCCGUUGUGCCACCAAGCAGCCUGGCUAUGGCACUCUGAAGAGAAGUGCCAGUGAUGCCUCCGCCGCAAGCAACAGCCGCUCGAACGCUGACGAUGAGCUGGCCGAGAUUAUGCAUGACUUUAAGAAUAAUGUCCUGUCCAUCCGGGAUGUAGAGCUGCUGGUGGAGCGGUGGAAGCACCGCAACGAUGUCCAGCAGAGCUUCCGGGAGAAGCAGGAUCAGAUCGAUCAGCUGCGCAGGGAGUACGAGCGGAUCCAGGAGCAGGUCAAAACGCAUCUAAAACGAGAGACGCCCUUCGAGAAGUUCAAGAAGUUCUUCUCCCGCGGCAAGCCCCAGCAGACGCAGCAGGGCAACGACAGCCUGCUGGAUGAGACCAAGUCCUCGAUAGCCACCAGCUGCAGCUUCAAGUCCGGCGGCGGAGUAUCUACGGGAGUGGGAGCGGGCAGGCCCAUCAGCUCAUUGAGCCUUCAGAGCGUGUCCAGUUCGAGUUCGUCCUCGGGAAGGCUUAGCACCGGCAGCAACUGCAGCGGUGCCUCUCUGGGAGAUUCUGGCACCCAUUCGGAUCACGAGGAUCGACGUGGAUUCCCGCCGCACUGCCGCAUGAUGGACAACUAUUUGGUGCCACCGCCACCCAGGCCUGUGUUUACGCCGAGCUCGACGCCUGGAGAUGAACGUCAUCAGAUUGUAUUCCCCUCUCCCAUGUCCAGUUGCCAGCGCUUGAACACACCCACCAGUCCCACAGGUUCGGAGCACUAUCAGAUGUUCCCUUCGAACAUCCCUGUUUACGGUAGCCAACCUCUGGCCAGCUCCCAGAGCAGCAACUACCUGAACACCAUCAUGGAGGCCAAAGAGCAGGCGGAGACGCAGCAGCAACACUACCAGAACCAGAAUGGAGUCACCUUGCAACCCAUCAAGCUGAAUGAACGCUCGAACAUCAUCUACGGCAAACUGACCAAGAGCCAUUCCACCAGCGGCUGCAGCUCCUUCAAACCCAAGCAGAUCCCAGUGCCAUGUCCUCAGGUCGGGAGUAUCGAGGUUCAGGCGGAGGUCUACCAGAAUGUGGGUGAUAUUCCCCCGGAGAAGGACAACUCCAAGGCUGAGGCAGAGACAGAAACGACGCCCAACUACAUGAACUGCUGAGCGAUACAGAAAUCGAAAUCGAAAGAUUCGAAAAGAGAUUCACAUAUAGUUUAAGACCCUUUUCGAGUUAGAUUUUGAGAAUAAGUUGGGAAUUUGAAUUACCCUCCAUUAUAUUCGAAAUUAACAACGAAAGCCAUUGAACAUUGUCCCUUUGGAAGGAUGAAAUGAGUAUGAACUAGUUUUCGCUAUUUUAAUGUUUAGUUUUAAGUUUUUCGAUAAUGAAUUUGAGGAUUGCUUUUGGAGAUUUAAAAAAGUAAAUUAUAAUAAUUAAAGUUUUUAAAUCUCUGUAAAGCAAUUUCAAGAUCAAAUCGAAGUUAAUUGUAUUAUCUCUAGAUGUAGUCUGCGGUUUCAGCAUCUAAUUGUACAUUUUAUGAAACGAUUGCAAGCAACCAAAUCAAACAUAUCGCUAGCUGAUAAGCCUAAGUCCUAAGUCGAUACCAACGAAUUUCAAACGCGAUUCACCUAAGGAUAUCAUCUAGGAUACAUGACCAUUUAUCGCUAAGAACCCCACACCUUUUGGCAUGCCGUUAAGCAUGUAAAACUCGUUCAUUCAUUCUUCACACCUUCACCCCGAAACCCCCAGAAUAAAAAAGUUAAACGCAAUAAAUUUUUUACA